AUGGGCUCUUAUCACUGGGCUCAAAGCCCAGGGAAACCCUGGGGUGCUGCUGGGUCUUUGUGGGGCUGGGCAGUAUCAAAGCUACACCUGGACUGGACAACACGGAUCUUUCAAGAGGAUGAGGAGAUGAUGGUUCUGACCCAGAGAGAUGAGUUGAACCAAACCUACUGCGAGGAUAGCAGAUUACCCACCGACAGCAUCACAAACAGAUAUAGUUCGUGCAGCAAAAACAAACCAUUAUCAAGAGAGACCUGCCUCCUUCUGACACAAAAGGAGGAUUGUGGUCAGGCGGAAAAACUUGCCCCAACCAUGAGGGGAGCCGCCUGCACUGCCUGGCAGGACAGUGUAGCUUUUAGAGAAACCAGACCUGCUGUAAUCUCCACUGGAAGCAAGAAUGUCACAAAAACUGAGGCUGUUUCCACAGCAGACUCGCUUUUGGUCAAAAGCACCAGAAGCCCCGGCAACGAAAAAAGAUCUUCUGACCAGCAGCAACACAACAAUGAGGAGACCGCGUGUUUCCGACUCACUGGGCCAUUUAAAGAGGAUGGUGACAAAGUGAGGCUUUCUGAAGGAGGACAGCACCAUGAACAAGGCCUGGAAGCCACAGUGGGUACUUCUAAGCUCUCGAUAGGGUUUCAAAAAGAGCAGGUGAGUACAGGUUUGGCUCCUCGUGCUCAGAGCCCCAGCACCAACGACACAGUUCAGAGUCCCCCUCCCAUGAUCACCACCUGGGAAGCUGGCUGGAAUGUCACUAAUGCAAUACAGGGGAUCUUUGUGUUGGGUUUACCCUUUGCUCUGCUCCAGUCGGGCUACAUGGGGCUCGUACUGCUGGUUGUGUCUGCCUGGGUCUGUAAUCACACAGGGAGGAGUCUGGUGGCCUGCUUGUAUGAAGAGCCAAGCGGAGGGUCGGGCACGUCGUCAAAGGUUCGAGUCCGACACAGCUACCAGGACAUUAUGGAGGCCUGUUUCAAAGGCCUGUGGCCAAACUGGUCAAGAGUGGGAGGCUGGAUGAUCAACAUAGCUCAGGUCAUCGAACUGCUGAUGACCUGUACGCUGUACCUCCUCGUCUCCACCACCCUGUUGUGCGACAGUCUUUCGGGAGUGGCUCCCCCCAGAACGGUCUGCUCGCUGGUGUCUCUGGUGUUCCUCCUGCCGUGUCUGAUGCUGACCAAUCUCAGACCAGUGUCCACUCUCAGCCUGCUCUGCUCCCUGGCUCACAUUCUGAUAAGCUUGCUAGUCAUGCUGUACUGCCUGAGUUGUGCCAGCAGCUGGUCGUGGUCAUCUCUAUCCUUGUCGGUGGACCCAGAGGACUUCAUUGUCUCCAUAGGCGUCAUCAUCUUCUCCUAUACGUCGCAGAUCUUCCUCCCUCCUCUAGAGGGCAGUAUGGAGGAGAGAGGGCAGUUUGACACCAUGCUGGAGUGGACACAUGGAGCUGCCUGCAUUAUGAAAACAUUAUUUUCCUUAAUGGCAGUGUUGACCUGGGGGGCAGAGACCAGUGAGGUCAUCACUGACAACCUGCCCUCUGACCUCCGGCCUCUGGUCAACCUGUGCCUGCUGGCUAAAGCUCUGCUUUCCUACCCGCUACCCUUCUAUGCUGCUGCUGAGAUCCUGCAAACCUGUUUGCUCAGAGGUGCAGCAGUUUCGACUCACUCCAGUCCCAGUGGCUGUGGAGUGUCUCGUCCAACGCUGAUGGUUCGUGGCGCCUUGUUGAUGACGUCAUACUUACUGGCCCUGUUGGUUCCCAGGUUCUCUCUUCUUAUGGGCUUGACGGGAAGUGUGACCGGGGCAGCCAUGACGCUCAUUCUGCCCUGUCUGUUUCACCUGAGACUGCAGUGGGGGCGGCUCACUGUGAAAGACAGAUUCAUAGAUGUGGCCAUACUGAGUCUGGGAGUCACGUGUAGUGUUUCCGGUGUGAUUUGUUCAGUGAAGAGACUGGUGAAAAGUCUGUAG